GGGAGCGUUGAGUUGAGGGCGGAGAGCCCGGGGCGCCUGGACUGGGGGCAGCGCCGCGCGAAUGGACUCCGGGCACAGGUGGGGCGGCUGAGAGAGGCCCGCAGCUCGUGACAUGCCUGGGGUCUAAGGCUUUCCGAGACCACAGUCUCCGAGGACCCCUGGCUGGAGCCCAAAGCGGGCCGGACCUCCUUCCUGCGACUCCCCUUCUGCGGCUCAGAGAGGAAUGCAGGAGAGCCCCCAAAUAUCGUUCCCUUCCCGCCCCCUAGGGAAACUGAGGCUGAAGCAGCGAGAGAAAGAAAAAAAAAGUCAUGGAGGGGGGCGGCCCGAGCGACCUAAGGGACGGGGCAGCGCCAGCGACCGAGGGAAAUUAGUCGGGGUGGGGUACAGGGAGACAAGCCCCCAGAAUUUAGGAAACUCCGAAGCUUGGAGCUGGAGUCCUGAAUUGACUCCGAUGACAACUGCUCCGGAUCUGUGCCAGGAGCCACGCUCCGGGCUGCCACGCCCCGAGGGAGGGGGGCUCUAAGACCUAUUGCAUGGAAUCCCCACUCGGAAAGCCUCAGUAAACUCCAGAAUGCAACUACUGCAUGUUCCAAUCUCCCGCCAGUUUCCCAGUGUCCCAGCUAGGACCCCGACCGCCUUAGCAAGAACUUACCUCUCCUUUGCAGUGGAAAAGAGGGAAUCCUGCCUAAAACCAACUUCGCGGUGUUACAGCGAAGAUACAGAAAAUGAAAAUGAAAAUAAAAUUUGGUACUACAGCACAAAGGUCCAGCUUGCAGAAUUAAUUGACUGUCUAGACAAAGAUUAUUGGGAAGCAGAACUCUGCAAAAUUCUGGAAGAAAUGCGUGAAGAAAUCCACCGACACAUGGACAUAACUGAAGACCUGACCGAUAAGGCUCGGGGCAGUAACAAAUCCUUUCUGGCGACAGCUAAUGGUUUGAAAAACAUAUAUACCUUAAAAGUUUAAAUAGUAUAAAAAGGUAUGCUGUGAAAAAUGAAUCUCUCCUUCAUUACUCUGAACUAUAAAUUUUUAAAUAUUUAUGAAAUACCAUAAAUGACAUAUUAGUUGUAACUGCUGAAAGCAGGAUUUCACAUUAAGAUUUUCCUAAUUUCUUAUUAGCUCUGACUCAUUUGAGGCUGAAAUCUUACUAUGCUAUCUAAAUCGAAAUUUUAAUGUACAUGUUAACAAUGCAUAGUAACAAAAAAACCCCAAAACAGAAUACAGCUUUUAUAUUACUGAACUUUAUGUACAAAAUCAUUUGAUUUCAAAUAAACAUUUAAUGUAAAAACAAAUGUUCUUUUAAACUGAAUUUUUUUUACAUCUACUGUACCAUUCAAAUGCUUUAUCAUCUUACAUGAUUUCUUCAAAAUCUGUUAUCAAGGGUACAUAUAGAAAAGCACUUUUUUUAUAAAUAGAAACAAAGGGAUUUUUUCAGCUUUUACGAUGACAUAAAAAGUUUACUCAACAGAAGUAAUUUUAUUACUAUUUGGGGGAGGGAAUCACCAACUUUUUGUGCAAACAAUGCUAGCCUUCUUUUAAGCAUUAAGAGCAUAACUGCUUAAGAAAUGACAUAAGCAAUAAUUCUACACCUACAUCUCCCCUAAAAUAAUCUAUUUUUUUUUUUUUUACAUAUGUGCACAGCUUUAGCAAAUUAAAGCCCGAGAUAAACGCUCGAGAUCUACUAUCCAGAGGCAAAAUCAGAGUUUACUAGAACUCACCAUUUGGAGAGCUUACCAAUCAAGGAAUCUGUAAUGAAAGCUGCAGUUUCCCUCUUUCCUAUUUUUUUUUUAAACACAAAAAUCAAUGACUAAGAACUUAAUACUGGAUGACAAAUCACAUCCACACUAUUCGUUAAAUAGCCUCACAGUUAAACACAUCUUAAAGACCAAUCAAAUCAGUAUUUACAUUUUAUAAAUUUCUGAAGACACCAUUAGAAAGCUUAUAUAUCCCUUCAUUAAACAAAAUAGGGAACUGCAUCUGAUGGUGGUGGAAUGAAAUUUUAAAAUUAAAAAUACCUGUAUUUACAGCAGCAUUGAUCCUUUAUAAAUAAAGAAUAUGAAAAUGCAAUAUCUUUAAGGAUAAUAAAAAAUUGAGGUGAUGUUACUCAACCACAGUGCUCGGAGUUGGAAUAAAAACCUAUUGAUGCUUGUUAAUGUGCCAGUAGUGAAUCCACUUUCUGUUGGAGAAAAUCCAACUGCAAAUAUGUGCGUGAAACACAUAUAACACAGGGCAAAAUUGCUCAAAAUGAUUCAAGUCAGCUUAUCUGUAUUGGAUAUUCUAUUCAUGAAACACAUUACAAAGACAUCCUUGCAAAGAAAUAAAAGGCAUAACAGUUUUCUGGUUGACUUUUUAAGAACACUUCUCCCCUUAUAAGUGACAUCUUAAAAUCUCAAAUGUGUUCUUCCCUUGGUUUGCAAUCCUAAUUUAAAGAUACGAACAGCUUAAUUUUCCAUGUGAUUAUCUAAUUAAAAAAGAAAAACCAAAACAAGCAAAAUGUUCAAGUUAAAAAAAAAAAAACAUACUGGGCGAGCAAUGCACUAAAAU